CCCUGGGCGAGCUGACACUGCACUACGAACAUCUGAUCAACAGACACUGCAGAUGAUAAACAAGUAUCCAGACAUAUUACUUUGCACAUACCAAAGUGAAUAUUCGUCAGCCGAGGCUCUAACACCCCUGCAGUCCCUAUGCUACACACGGCAUGGCAGAGAGACAGGACAAUGAGGUGGAGGAGGCUGAUCAGAUCUAUCUGCUGAUGAAGGAGGAGUAUCGGAUCUCUAGGAAUGUGCGUCUGGCCUGGUUCCUGGGGAAACUUAACCAAGUCAUCUGGCCAGCCUCAAAGCCUGAGCUGCAGAACUCAGGGAAUGAGUUACACUUGCUGAGCUGCUUACCUAAAGGAUGGCAGCCAGAUUUCUCCCCCACCACAUACACUUGUAUGCUGAUGCCGUCCACUCGGGCCGCCUUCCUUGCCCGGAGAUACCGCUUCAUCAUUGAGCUGGACCUCAGCCCUUCCACAGGGAUUGUGGAUGACAGCACAGGAGAGAUGAUCUUCGACGAGGUCUUUCAUGCCUUGUCGAGGUGUCUGGCCGGUCUGGCUCAGCCAUUUAAAGUCCCUGGAACUGAUGACCUUUUCAAGCCUAAAGUCUUCAUCACCAUCUUGGCAUAUUCUUCAAUUAUUGGUCUCACUUCCCAUCAGGUUUUGGUACAGGGCUGUCAGCUUGAUAAAACAGACCUCACUGAGUUCCUGCAUCACAUCUAUCAGCAGCUGAGAGCAGUGGAGAGCAACAUCGCACAAGUCCUCCAUCAGCAGCACGAACAGGCUGUGGAGCCAGUCCAAAAUUCAGGCCUCCUGGAUGACCAGCCUCACAGGAAGCAGGCUAUUUCCAUGGUGUCAGCUGAUAUGGGUCUGGUCAGCAUGGUACGCCAGGGCAUCCUGGCCCUUCAGCUGCUGCCCCCAAACUCCAGUGCAGGUAUCAUUAUAAUCACAGAUGGAGUGACUAGUGUUCCGGAUGUAGCUGUGUGUGAAACACUGCUGAACCAGCUCAGGAGUGGAACCAUUGCCUGCUCCUUUGUGCAGGUUGGUGGUGCGUACUCCUACGACUGCAGCUUUGGCUACAUCCCCAAUGUAGAGCUGAUGAAGUUCAUCUCAUUAGCUACAUUUGGUUCAUACCUGCCCAGCUGUCCUGAAGUGGACGUGAACAACCAGGAGAUGAAUGUGUACCACAAGGCCUUCUUAACCUACUCCUUCCUUAAGACCCCGGAGUCUAUGAACUCAGAGUACUUCUGUGUUUCCCAGCACAAACUGUUCAAUGAGCACCUGGUGUCAGCCAGCGGUAACCCCGCCCUGGUCAUGAGGAGGAAGAAGCACACAGAGAAGGAAGUCCAUGCCCAUUUAAUCAGCGUGGUGUCUGUGCGACUGAGAGAGGGCUACACAAUCAGAGAGAUCAGCCUCACUAAAGGUGGGACUCAGCUGGAGGUGAAGCUGGUGCUUUUAUGGAAACACAACAUGCAUAUCGAGUACCUGGCAGCCGCCUCCUGGCCUUUGGACCCCACCAAGAGAACCACCAGGGUGGAGGUGACCAUGGAAGGAAGCUAUGACAUCCUGCAUGACAUUAGCUGCACCCAGAGGAAACCCAUCACCAGUCCGUACCGUACCUCCGUCAUCCGACGCUUCUGGAACACACUACAGAGCAUCAACCAGACUGAUCAGAUGUUGGUGCACCUCCAGUCAUUUAAUUCCAUUCCUGAGAACUACAUGAUUCCUGAGAGCACCAAAAACGGAGUUCCUCUGUUCUACAUCCCUCCUGGCUCCACUACUCCGGUCCUGUCGUUGCAGCACAGUGGAUCCAAAGACUCUUCUCAGUCCCAGUUUGCCUCCUACUGGAAGCCCAUCCUCUCCAUGGACACCAACUUCUGGCAGAGAUGGCUGCACAUGCAUCGCAUUGCAAUCGUGCUUGAACAUGACAUGCCUGUCCCCAAACACCUGCACACAGCUGGGAACAACGGACGUUAUAGCACCAUUCAGUGUCGUAUCUCCCACUCCGCUCUCACAUCGCUGCUGAGGGACUGGAGCAGCUUCGUGCUGGUGGAGGGCUACUCGUAUGUUAAACUCAUAUACAGUUCGUCUGACCAGCCUCCUACCUCCUUCUACUUGGUCCGUCUCAUCUCCAAGACGCCCUGCAUGGUGCUGCGCUUGGGCUUCCCUAUUGGUACACCAGCCCAUGUCAGAAACAAGAUUGUGGAUGAGCUGCGAGAGCAGAUCCUCAAACUUCGCUUCCCUCACCGUGUUCAGAACAAAGAGGCCACCCCCAAGACCAAGAGGAAGAUUGUAGGCAAUCCAUCACCCUCCAAAUCUCCCUCCAUCCCUGCUCCCAAACCUUCACUGUCAGACAGACCCUGUGUGGUUGUGCUCAAUAAGCCUCUGGAGAAGCUGCUCAUAAGGUAUGAGAAGCUGCCGCUGGACUUCAGAACCCCCUUCAUUUUCAACAUGGAGAAUUUUCCUCAGCCCUCCAACAGUGCCAUCCCCCUCAACAUGGCAGCCAACCGCACAGCCUCCUCCACCCUGGCCUCCCUGUCCCGUUACUUCCUCCACCAGCGCUGGGUGUGGGCCGUGCAGAGCAGCCAAGGGCCGACUGUGGCCAUGCAGGCCGUCACUCACAUCCUGUCCAUGCUCUCCGAGAUCCGUAUAUCAGAAGGCUUUCACUUUGCUGCUAGUGGAGAGGGCAUCGUUAACAUGGUGAUUGAGCUGCCAAUGAAGGGCAUGUCAGGGGACACGGACACAGAGAGUCCCUCUUGUAUUGUUCAGUACAUCCUGUUUCCACCUCACUCUACGUCUACCAAGGAUAGUUUCUCCACUGAUGAUGACAACGACACCGAGGUGGAGGCUGUAGAUGUGGACACCGAGCUGAACCUUGUGACAGAGUGCUGGGUAGAACCCCAGAGUGGCACAGUGAUGAACUGCAUGGAUCAACAUCGCCACUUCCAGGGCCUCAAAUACCAGGAGAUCCCUCAUGCAAUCUUCCCAAGGGAUCUGGCCUGUAUGUCCACCAUGAUGACCUUUGAGUAUUUGAGCCAACUGUGUCAGAACAAAGAUCAGGUCUGCUCACUGCCAGCUGGACUCAAGGAUAUGAGAGGAGAAGCCCUUGUCCCUGAGGACAGCAUUCACACAGUUCCAUUCCAGUUUGACCUCAUUCAUCUGCUCCCAAAAUGCCAGCAGGUUGAGCUCUUCUUCCUCACAUUCAGUACAGCAGGGGAGUCUGAGGAGCAGGUCCACAGCUCCCCCCUGUCUGUCCAACGAGUUGCUGCUCAGCCUCUUCCACGGCAGCCUGGAGCACGAUCUCAGUGACAGAGAGAUCCCGUUGGUUGACGCCGACCACGUUACCUUCAUGCACCACAUCUUGGAACGAGAGCGAGGCGGCCAUGUGGCUCCUUUCUCCUUACCUGUUAUUAAAGAGGAGUACAUAAAGCCUGCAGACAGACAGGACACUAUGACGUCUUUCCACACCACAGGCAGCAGCAAAGAGGUGAUGGGAUCCACCAGCACUUUACAG